GAUUCUUCUUUCAUGCGCUAGCAAAAAACCAAUCCAACCAAAAAAAAACUCGGUCCAUCUUCUCUACUAGAAUUUGGCUACAGAAAACAGGAGAAUAUUUCGCUCCUUCUUCUCUCUGGACAUCGACCAUAUAUUUAUAUACAUAAUAUUGGUAUAUAUUAACCAUAUACAUGUAUUUGUUUUAUAUCCUCUAAGUUCUUAGUCCCAACCACGUACUGAAAUUCGCAGCUUUUUCGUCACUGAUUUCGGUGUCGGUUGUUGAAUGGUCACCGGACGUUUUUAGUUCUUGCAACGACAUCGAUUUUGAGUUUCAACAGAAAGCUUGGAAGAUUCCCGAUAGUUCGAUCAUGGCGACUCGGAAGCUAGGUCGUAUGCCAAGCCUCAGAAACCGCGUCGAGGACACUCUCUCUGCUCACCGCAACGAGCUCGUUUCUCUCCUCUCUAGGUAUGUGUCUCAAGGAAAGGGGAUUUUACAACCGCAUACCUUGCUCGAUGAGAUCGAUAAUGUCUUCGCCGAGGAUGAAACGAGGGAGUCUCUCAUCAACGGUCCUUUUGGCGAAGUCAUCAAAGCCGCCGAGGAAGCCAUUAUUCUGCCUCCGUUUGUGGCUAUAGCUGUUCGUCCGAGGCCUGGUGUUUGGGAAUUCGUCCGUGUUAAUGUCUUUGAGCUCAGCGUGGAACAAUUGACUGUCUCUGAAUAUCUUAGCUUCAAAGAAGAUCUUGUAGAUGAGCGGAUUAAUGACAACUUUGUUCUUGAGUUGGACUUUGAGCCAUUCAAUGCCUCUCUCCCUCGCCCCAACCGGUCCUCGUCCAUUGGCAAUGGUGUUCAAUUCCUUAACCGUCACCUUUCUUCAAUUAUGUUCCGCAACAAAGACUCCUUGGAGCCACUUCUUGAUUUCCUUCGAGCACACAAGUACAAAGGGCGUGCAUUGAUGUUGAAUGAUCGGAUACUAAGCAUAUCACGCCUUCAAUCUUCUUUGGCUAAGGCUGAGGACGAUCUUUCUAAACUUCCGCCUGAGACUCCCUAUUCCGAGUUUGAAUAUGAUCUACAAGGAAUGGGUUUCGAGAGAGGCUGGGGAGAUACUGCAGCACGGGUGUUAGAGAUGAUGCAUCUUCUCUUGGAUAUUCUUCAGGCUCCUGAUCCUUCUGUAUUAGAGACAUUUCUCGGGAGAAUACCUAUGGUGUUUAAUGUUGUCAUCUUGUCUCCACAUGGGUACUUUGGUCAAGCAAAUGUUUUAGGUUUGCCUGACACUGGUGGGCAGGUUGUUUAUAUACUGGAUCAAGUGCGUGCACUGGAGAAAGAGAUGCUUCUCCGAAUUCAGAAGCAAGGAUUAGAUGUCACUCCUAGAAUUCUUAUAGUGACCAGAUUGAUACCUGAUGCCAAAGGGACCACAUGCAAUCAGAGAUUGGAGAGAGUCAGCGGAACUGAACAUGCACAUAUUCUGCGAGUUCCAUUUAGAUCAGAUAAAGGAAUUCUCCGUAAAUGGAUCUCGAGAUUUGAUGUAUGGCCUUAUCUAGAGACUUUUGCUGAGGAUGCAGCAAGUGAAAUGGCUGCUGAGUUGCAGGCAAUUCCAGAUUUUAUAAUAGGAAACUACAGCGAUGGGAAUCUUGUCGCAUCUCUAUUGGCUUAUAAAAUGGGAGUUACGCAGUGCACCAUUGCACAUGCACUGGAGAAAACAAAGUAUCCAGAUUCAGAUAUAUACUGGAAAAAAUUCGAGGACAAGUACCAUUUCUCAUGUCAAUUUACCGCUGAUCUUAUAGCCAUGAAUAAUGCAGAUUUCAUAAUCACCAGUACAUACCAGGAGAUUGCAGGAACGAAAAAUACUGUUGGUCAGUAUGAGAGCCACACUGCUUUCACUCUUCCUGGACUCUAUCGGGUUGUUCAUGGCAUUGAUGUCUUUGAUCCAAAGUUCAAUAUUGUUUCACCUGGAGCAGAUAUGUCCAUUUAUUUUCCUUACUCCGAUAAGGAGAAAAGACUUACAGCCUUGCAUGGUUCCAUAGAAAAGUUGCUGUGUGAUCCUGAGCAGAAUGAAGAACAUAUUGGCAUGUUGAACGAUCGAUCAAAGCCCAUAAUAUUUUCCAUGGCAAGACUUGAUCGGGUGAAGAACAUAACGGGAUUGGUCGAGUUAUAUGCUAAGAAUGACAAACUGAGGGAGAUGGUAAACCUCGUUGUAGUAGCUGGCUACAACGAUGUGAAGAAAUCAAAGGACAGAGAAGAAAUUUCUGAAAUUGAGAAGAUGCAUGACCUCGUAAAGAAGUACUCUUUGCACGGUCAAUUUCGAUGGAUAUCAGCUCAGACUAACCGGGCACGAAAUGGAGAGCUUUAUCGUUACAUAGCCGACACAAAGGGUGCUUUUGUUCAGCCUGCUUUCUAUGAAGCUUUUGGGCUCACAGUUGUGGAGGCUAUGACGUGUGGCCUUCCCACGUUUGCCACAUGCCAUGGAGGUCCUGCAGAGAUUAUCGAGCAUGGUGUAUCCGGGUUCCACAUUGAUCCUUACCACCCGGAUCAGGCUGCUAAGCUUAUGGUGGAUUUCUUUCAAAAGUCCAAGGAAGAUCCUAGUUACUGGCUUAAAAUUUCAGAGGGGGGACUUCAAAGAAUUUAUGAAAGGUACACAUGGAAGAUUUAUUCUGAAAGGCUGAUGACGCUGGCUGGUGUUUAUGGUUUCUGGAAGUAUGUUUCAAAGCUGGAGAGGCGCGAGACCCGUCGUUAUCUUGAAAUGUUCUACAUUCUUAAAUUCCGCGAUCUGGCAAAAUCUGUUCCUCUAGCGAGCGAUGACCCUCAUUGAUCACCUAGCCCAUAAAAAAGUGACUCCCUUCACAUGGUUAUGGAGGUGUAACUGGUGCAUGUAUAUAAAUAAAAGUUUCUAUUUGUGUGUGUUGAAGAAGAAAUUAGUGUCUGGUUUUAUGAAUAAGAGAGCUGUGACUCUAAUCGGAGCCCUUUUUAAUUAUAUAUUCAAUAAGAACAACUUGUACUUAUCACUUGAUUUUGUGUUGCUUAAAAUCCUUCCAAACACAAUAAUAAAAACUCGGGGACCACAAUAACCGCAUUCAUACA